GAAGCCGAAAGGCUGGGUAUUGACGAGAUGGGAAAUGAAGACGGAUCAGACUCAAGCAUAUGGCUAAUCUGCGUUUUAACAGCGACCCUCAUUAUCACGGGUAUCUGCUGGAGGAUUCACGUAUCACAGAUUUGUCCGUCUAUUAAACGAACGAACAGCGAUCUCCGCCACAAGUUCACUGAGAUCGAAACGAAGUACAGAUCUGUCAACGAAGCCAAGGCUCAGAUCUGUGAAUUGUUGACCAGCAGAAGAGAGCAAGCGUGUUCCCAGGACUGGAUCAGAAAUGAAGACCGCUGUUAUUUCAUAUCCUCGGUGGAAACAUCUUACGAUGGAGCGGAACGAUAUUGUUCAAACUUUGAUGCAAGGUUGCUGGAAAUAAAUUCAAAAGAAGAGCAGAAUGAUGUUUCCAACGCCGCCGGCCCUCAGUACAGAAGAUACUGGAUUGGGAAAUGCGGAGGCGUGGAAGAAGGUUCUGGUCUUCUGGUCAGGGAUUUCACUGGAACGUCCGUCUGCGGUCCUUGCGACUCUCACGAAUGGAGAGGCCAUUGCAAUGGUCAACACCGUUUCAUCUGCGAGAAGUCGGCAUAUCGGUACACGGAUAUUCCUGAAAAGAUCCUGGAUCUCUGUCAACAGUCCGUAGGGCCAACUUGAAUCACAUUACAAUCGGUUUUCCUCCCCCGUCUUUCCUGCUCACUCUUAUCCACCUAAUCCUCACAUUGUCACUUCACCCACUCUCUCCUUCCCCAAACCAUUCUCCUCCACAACUCUCAUCCUCUUCCCCUCAACCCUCUCCUACAAUCCUCUUUCCCCAGCAAUCUCCAUCUUUCCUGCCAUCUGUCCCACUUUUCUCUUCCCCCGCACCGUUCUCCGCUCUCCAUCUUUCCCCUUACUCUCCACCCACUCUCACCUCGUUCAUGUGCACUCUGGUUCACUGAUUCCCCAUCCUGGGGUAAAAGACUGUGCGCAUUCACUCUAUCUAUGCCCCUCGGGGUUUUAUACACCUCUAUAAUUUCACCCGUGAUCUGCAAAAGUAAACUCCUCACGCCAUCCCGGUUUCCACAAAUCAGCCACUCGAGUCCCGGUAAAAUGCUCGUAAAUCUCCCUCUCCACUCUUUCCAGCUAAUCGUUCCGACAGCAGGGCGACCAGAACCGAACACAGUAAUCCAAGUGUGGCCUCUCCGAUUUCUUGUACUACUGCAAUGUGACCUCCCGACUCCUGCACUCACUGCAGACCAGCGCGACACAUGUCCUGUCUAUCUGUAUCGCGUGUUUCCCACCGGAAUGACCAUCUGAUUUAUUGUCUGUGACUUAUACCACCGGAGAGUGAACAUUUGUACAAUCAGUACUGCGCAAAUUUGUAAAUGUCAUGUGUAGUUCCAAAAAUUAAUAAAUGCAGCAAAUAGGGGAAUAUCGAGGUUGCUCAUGGAUUCGGGAAGGGUUUAGCAAUCUGAUGGUGGAAGCGAAGUAACUUGUUCUAAAUCGCUGAGUGAGGGUCGUGAGGCUCCUGUACCUCCACCGCGGUGGUACAAAUGAUGACAGGGCAUUUCCCGGGUGGUGAGAGUCCUCAGUAAUGGGCGCGUUCCCUCUUAAACAUGACCUCGUUAGUGGGAAGGAUUUUGCCCCCGAUGGAGUUGGCUGAGCCUUGAACCCUCAGCAGCCUCUGGCGACCCUGUGCGUUGCAGCCUCCACACCAGGCG